AGCUGCUUGCUUUCAGAGCAUAGCUUUCUCAACUAUGGCCCGGACGAAGCAGACAGCUCGCAAGUCUACUGGCGGCAAGGCACCGAGGAAGCAGCUGGCCACCAAGGCAGCGCGAAAAAGCGCUCCAGCGACUGGCGGUGUGAAGAAGCCCCAUCGCUACCGGCCAGGCACGGUGGCCUUGCGCGAGAUCCGCCGUUAUCAGAAGUCAACUGAACUGCUCAUCCGCAAACUGCCAUUUCAGCGCCUGGUGCGAGAAAUCGCGCAGGAUUUCAAAACCGACCUACGUUUCCAGAGCUCGGCGGUGAUGGCGCUGCAAGAGGCGUGCGAGGCCUAUCUGGUGGGGCUCUUUGAGGACACGAACCUCUGUGCUAUUCACGCCAAGCGCGUCACUAUUAUGCCUAAGGACAUCCAGCUUGCUCGUCGUAUCCGUGGCGAGCGAGCAUAAUCCCCUGCUCUAGCUGCGGUUUCCUACCUGCUUCCAAGCUUCCAAAGGCUCUUUUCAGAGCCACAUACGUUCUCACUG